AUGGCUGGGAACCGUAUGCUGCACCAUUAUGCAAAGACGGUAACCCGAGUACAGAGUAUUGAGAAUCAGAACGGUCGAGCGCAAGUGAAGUCUCAGGUAGCCGUAAAGGAGAGUUGAAGCGUUGAGCAUUACUUGAGCCUGGGUACCCGGGAGUUAAGCCGGAAGAGGAGGUGGAAGGUCCCGAGUUUAGAGAAGGGUGGAAAGAUGACCUGGAUGCUGUAUUAUACGAAGACGAUGAUGGAAAGGAAGAGCCGGUGCGGUAA